CUUUCAUCGCAGUUAUAAUGAAUUUAUGACAUCAGAGGCGAGAAAUGUCAGGUUGACCUAAUUUUUACUCUUGUAGCGACUUUUAGCGAUCGUUUGGUAUAUGUACCAAAACCAUAGACCUAUAAAAAACGAUGUCCAGAAGAGGUGCGAGAGAGACAGACUUUUUAGUACUACUAGUGGAUAUACCAUAAGAGCCUCCGCACACACUUGCAUAACAUAUAACGUAUAUACAUAAGCAAAUUGAUUGGUCCAUAAGCAAAGUGCAUAAAAAAUUCAACCAAUCGAAUUUCUAAUGCAUUUAUGUUAUGCGUGUUAUGCAAAAGUUGUGCGGAAGCCCCAAGGCCGCUUUCACAUGCGGCGUAACUUGCGUCGAAUCAGGGCAUGUUAAAGACGCUUUAACGUGGCCUAUGACGAUGUGAUUGGUCAACGCAAGUUACGCCGCAUGUGAGAGCGGCUUAAUAUUCGAGAGUACUCUGGUGACAUUUUUGAACGCAGUUCUAAACGGUAAUUUUGAUUGGCUGCUUGCUUUUCAGCUUUCUGCUCUUCUUCCAAGAGUUCCGAGGUGUAAAUUCGCCUUGACUAUCUCUUUUUAUGUAUGAUACACGCGCGUUUACUCUCCCGAAGAGGGCCGGUGUAGUAAAAGAUUGACGGAAUAAGGAGGGAAGUAGAAAGAAAAUGAGAUGCCUGAUCUUAUAUGAAAGUAAGUAAGCAAGCGGCAUUUCGAUUUUUAGCUGGGCGUUGUCACGUUAGGACCAUCGCAUUUCAUUUUUGCUUUUGAUGAUGGAUGAUAACAAUAUGAUGAGGUUAGGUAAGUACGGUAUACAUAUGUAUAUCGUAUCGAAUCACAUACUUUCGAGAUUUAUUCUUUUUCCUCUCUUUUCUUCUUUUACAUCUUAUAUAUUUACAGCUACAGAUAGCUACGAAAUGGUUAAAGCCUUAUAUGACUUCAAGGCCACGUUUGCCAAGACACUAAGCUUUCGGGAGGGUGAGUACUUUAUUCUGUUGCAACGUAAUGUCAAACAGAAAAACUGGUGGCAAGUUGUGAACAGAGGAGGACGUCUGGGCUACAUACCAUCCAAUUAUGUUGCCUCUGUAAAAGUACAAUCCCAGUUUGUGAUUGAUUUCUUGGAAGAUUGUAUACUGACUUUGGAAACAGAAAUUAAGAAAGACAGCGACUCAGUGCAGCCUGACAAGCAAGAUCUCUUGGCAAAGCUAACAGAAAGGAAGAGACAGAUUGAUCUAAGCAAAAAAUCCAAAAGACAAGCGCCUAAACCGCCAGAUUUAGAUUGUGGCAUAAUAUCUAAAGAAACACAUUCCAUGAAUGCUUGUGACAAUAUAGAAGCUGAUGUUAAAUUAGCGCCCAGCAAUGCUUCUUACAUGACUGCACAGACAACUCUUCGUGAUAAUAAUGUAGAUCAUAUUCAAGCGAUUGCACAGUGUCAACGACCAAAUGGAGAUGAGCAACGUGUGCUUCCUCGUCAAUCGUCCUCUGACAUUGUGCAGAAAGUUCAAACGCCCGUUACAGAAGUUCGUAUGAGCUCCUCCCAAGGUAGCAUACAAAAUGUAUGCAGUGAUUUGCCAAUUAAAAACAAUUCGCCUGUUAAAAAUACCUCGCCAAUUAAAAGCAAUUCCUUACAAGCCAUUAACUCGCGAAGCGCUUACCAAUUACUCGAUCAAGUACGUAAAAAUACUCAACUUAGUCAUGAAAUGUCGAAAGUAGCAGUCACAGUUGUAGUGUCUAACUUGCGGCAGUUGCUGCCAGAAACUGUAAGUCAUUAUCUUGAUGCUUUGCUGCAUCAGCUACAAACACCAUUGACUGUAUCAAAAAUGAGUAUAGAAGAAACUUAUGAUGCUAAUAGGUUAAAAAUUAUUUUUACUGAACUAACUUCAUGCAAGGAAGAUUCGCAACAAAGAAGUUGGAUGCUUUAUGAAGAUGAAUCUAUCAUUGUGGAAUAUAUCAAAGAAUUAACUGAGAUAUUGACUAAUGCUGAUGCAAAUGUAUCGAGAUACGUGUUAAGGCAAGAUCGAUACAAUGGCGUAACAAUUUUGAUACAGUAUUAUCAAAUGGAAGCGAGAUGGACUAUUAGACAACUAUUGUUGCAAUCAUUUGGCGUUAUGUGCAGUUUAGAUCCAGUUGUUCUUACUAUAAUGUUAAAUAGUAUUUUACCAAUGGAACUAGCGAGAGAUAUGAAGAGUAAUCCUAGGAAUGUAUUAAGAUUAAAUUAUUCUUCAUUACUGCUUACAAUGAUUUUUUCUAUGGGUGAACCCAUGCCAGUUACCCAUUUAGAACAGCUUGGUUCGGACUUUAUAUCAUUCCUGUUAGAUCUAAUAGAAACACCACCUGAUACAGAUCUGGAAGAUCAGAUCCCAGAUUUGUUCAUAAACUUGAUAUUAUCCUAUAAUUUGCAGUUUACUACUUCUGAGAAUAUCGUUCUAAAUGCUUUACGCGAACGAACUGUGGCUAAAACUUUUACUGAAAAAAUUCUAUUUCUUUUUAAUAGAGAAGAGGAUCCAGUACGAAUAUUUGAUCACGAACCACAACCACCACACUCAGUGUUAAAACUUUUUGUCGACUUGUUUAGUAAUGAUACUAUAGCGAGUCUCUUUUACACCAACGAUGUGAAAGUUCUUAUUGAUAUUAUACUACGACAACUUUUCGACAUGUUUCCAGGUGAUAAGCGUAGACAAUAUUUGGAGCUUUGUCGCCGUGUUCUACGCACAUCCAAUUAUAAUGAGCAUCGACAUCGAUCUGGAGAUUUAUUAAAAUGUUUUACGAGGAUAUUUUGCGAAGAAACGGCAGAAAGUCAUGAAGACCAGCAAGUAGUACGCGAAAUUAGCAACGAAUUUCCACAUUUGUUUAGAAUGUGACAUUUAAUUCCUUCAUCUUAUCAAGAUGUUGAUGAAGAUGACUUGCAAACUCUCGUUUAAGUAGAUCUGAGAAUAUAUCAAUGGUAUCAAAUAUCAAGAAUGUCAAGAAAAUCAAAUUCAAGACAUUUUAUUGAUAGUUCUUAUAGCUCUUCUAAAUUUUAUCUAGUAAAGGAAAACGCACACAGCUUAUUAAAUAAUGAUAUGUUUUAUGACUGCCAUAAAUGUCUUCAUUCUGUUGGUGCUACAAGAUUACUUCUUCGUGUAAGUAUUUAGGAAAGAUAUAUGAAAUUAUUAUAUGUACAUAACAUGAAACCUAACAAAGAAGUCAUUCUUUUCUUUCUUAUGAGGACCAUUGAUAUUUAAAAACAUUCCAAUAUUCGCAUAGUUAAAUAAUAUUUAAUAAUUAGUAAUAUAACAUAAUAUACAUAUAUAACUUAUAUAUAUAUAUAUAUAUAUAUAUGUAUAUGUAUAUGUAUAUAUGUAUGUAUGUAUAUAAUUGUGUGGGAUUGAGAUACAGCACGGGACACGACGCGUACUCAACGAGCUCUCGGAUGCUUCUGCUUCUCGCUCUUCGAUCCUCUGUCUUAUAUCCUCGGCCAAUUCUUUGAUCUCGCGGCCGCCGAUUUCCUUUUUGGAAAAAGCAUUUUGUCCGCCGCGCUUUCCUUUCGCACGUCGCCGACGCCGCGUCGCCAAUGAACGUCGCGACUUAUCAGACGCCGCCGCACACACAUAGACACUUUUCCACUCUUCUUCACACGCAUACGCACACGCGAGACUUUUCGGAAAAACUUUGUUUUUCGCAAAAUCGCCGCGCCGACAAUCGCACCGCCUAUAUCAAUCGUUUCCGCCUUUUGCUUGAAACUUCCGUUCACACACGCACACUCGGCAUAUGCACACGCACACACAUACGCUCACCUUCCUGCAUAAUGAUAACUAUUGUUUUCUAAAUAGGAGUUACAGGGUGCUUUUUCUUUACGGAGCGUUCCCGUUUACAUUGAAUUCUUCUCAUCUCCCGAACCGACCUGGCCAUUUGCUACCCUUUACAUACUACUUCCCUCCCCCUCACCCCUUCUCGCACGCCCUCAGCCCUAAAUUAAUUAUUGUCAGUUGUUUACAAUCUUCCCUAUAUUUUUCUAAUUGAGAAUUUAGCUCGUUUAAUUUAUCUUCUAGUUUUUUGUU